AAAGAAGUGGUACAAGGUAUCAAGAAUGUGAUAGAUAAUUGGCUUUACCCCAAUGAUAAAAUCUACAAACAAGCUAUUCGAAAAGAACUUGAAGCCCUUUGCCCUAAUAAAAUGAGCCGCACUGAAUCCUGCAAAUACUGCAAGGCACUAUUUGGAUCUUUUCGAUGUGCUAUAUUUGAUCAUGUUUUUAAAAAGGAAGUCUCUCCAACUGUUAAUUCAGAAAGUUCAGAAUCUGAAAUAAUUUCUUGGAUGGCGAGUGAAGAG